UCCGGGUGAUGCCUUUCCUGCGGAGAAUAAAAAUACACUUUUACCAGUCCUGCUAGACCAGUUAUGUCUAGCACUCAAUGGGACAACGAAACACCAUUUUAUGUCAUGGACGUUACUGUUCGUGUUUUUGUUCAUGAAAAAUAGACACUACCACGUCCAGACGCCCGGUGCUGGUGAGCUAAUAAGCCGCGUAGGUGGCUGACCUGUGCUUGUAUCAUGUCUGUGUCGUUACCAUCCGGCGACAUGCUUGAGACAUCUCCGGGAUAUCCAUUUGAGGAAAUUAAUUAUGAGGACAUUGAAGUAGAGGAGGUAGUGGGGAGAGGAGCUUUUGGAGUGGUUUGCAGAGCCAAUUGGAAAGGUAAAGACGUUGCUAUCAAGACCAUUGAAAGUGAAUCGGAGAGAACAGCCUUCUUUGUUGAGCUCCGGCAACUUUCGCGUGUAAAUCAUCCCAAUAUUGUGAAGUUAUAUGGCUCUUGCAGCAACCCAGUCUGUCUUGUCAUGGAGUAUGCUGAAGGAGGCUCACUGUACAACGUGCUGCAUGGUGCUGAACCACUACCCUGUUACUCUGCUUCCCAUGCCAUGAGCUGGUGUUUACAGUGUUCCCAGGGUGUGGCCUACCUCCAUGGCAUGAAACCGAAGGCUCUGAUCCACAGGGACCUCAAGCCACCCAAUUUGCUGCUUGUUGCUGGUGGCACUGUACUCAAGAUAUGUGACUUUGGAACGGCAUGUGACAUUCAGACUCAUAUGACAAACAACAAAGGCAGUGCAGCAUGGAUGGCCCCAGAGGUAUUUGAAGGUAGCAAUUACAGCGAGAAGUGUGAUGUGUUCAGCUGGGGGAUCAUUCUCUGGGAGGUGGUCACACGCAGGAAGCCCUUUGAUGAAAUCGGAGGACCAGCGUUCCGUAUUAUGUGGGCUGUGCACAAUGGCACAAGACCACCUUUAAUCAAAACUUUACCCAAGCCAAUUGAAAAUUUGAUGACCCGCUGCUGGUCUAAAGAUCCUUCUCAGCGGCCUUCCAUGGAGGAGAUUGUGAAAAUCAUGACUUAUCUAAUGCAGUACUUCCCAGGGUCUGAAGAACCCCUGCAAACUCUGUAUCAAUAUUCAGACGAUGGCCAGAGCAACCCUGCAACUAACACGGGUCCAUAUGCGGACUCCACUACCAACAAAUGCGAUGCCAACAUUGAGCACACUGAUUCUCAGAGAAGUAACGACACUAUUAAGAGUGCACCCCAAUUUGCAGCUCACUUCAAGCCUAAGGGAGACCCAUUAAGGUCACUGCCUCUAUCCAGAGGGGGUAGUUUUGAGAGUCUACCUGCUCGAUCUUCUGACAAACGAAUGAGUGCUGACCUUUCAGAGUUGGAGCUUAAGUUGUCGGGAUGUAUACCAGCAGCACGCCCGCAGUAUAAACGAGGUCACCGUAAAACAGCAUCCUAUGGCACCAUUCUGGAUGUUCCCAAGAUCGUCGUCACAGCCACACGUGAACCUCAAAGGCGCCGUUCUGUUCAAGAUUUGCCAGGCAUUGGCAUUGAGUCCACCCAGGGAAGUAUGAAUAGUAGCCGUUCUUCUAGUCCCAGUGUGAGGAUGCCUCCUGACAAGGGUAACAGCAGGGGUUACUUCUCCCCUGAUGACUCCGCAGACACCAACGGCUCAGACAAUUCAAUUCCCAUGGCUUACCUCACCCUUGAUCACCAGCUGCAGCCACUUGCUCCUUUCCCCAAUUCUAAAGAGUCCAUGGCUGUGUUUGAGCAGCACUGCAAAAUGGCACAAGAAUAUCUAAAAGUGCAAACAGAGAUCGCUCUGUUAAUCCAGAGGAAAAAGGAACUCAUUGCUGAACUGGACCAAGAUGAGAAGGACCAGCAGAACACGUCCCGUCUGGUGCAGGAACACAAAAAACUACUGGAAGAGAACAAGAGUCUAUCCACAUACUACCAGAAGUGCAAAAAACAGCUGGAGCUGAUCCGGGUCCAGCAACAGAAGAGACAGGGGACUUUGUGAUGAGAUUGCCACCACAGAUAUUCGAAGAACUCCUGACAUCCAACAUGUGCGUGUGCACACCAGCUAACACGCACGCACACGCGCUCACACCGGUUCAGUCCAGCGCUGGUGUGGCCUGCAUGUCACACUGUGGUCUCCGCAUCUGUCCAGCAGUAAUGUGUCUUCUGUCAUUAUUUUUGCACAUAUUCACAGUGUAAUCUGUGAAUGCAGACCAAACAAUCACUGGAACUCAGAGCUUACUGGGCUUCAGUUGGGAGCUUUGCUUCUAUGCAGCUGAGUGUGACAGCAGGCUGGUGAGGGUUGUUUGUGUAUAUUACAUGUUGCUCUCAGGGCCUCUUGGCAGACCAGUUGAUGUUUCUUUCCCUCCAUUCCUUAAGCAUUCUCUGGUACCCAUUUAGCAGCCAAUGUCAAAAAUAGGAAACGAGGAAAGCUGCUUUCAAGCAACACGAAUGCGCGCAGAAUUCAAUGUCAAAGACUAUUGACACCUGUGUUUGUAGAAACACUGGUAUGGAAAUGUAUGUACACCCCUAAUAUUUUCUUUUCGAUGGCAGAGAUGAUGGUGAAUUCCACCAGAGGUCUGACAUCUAAUACAGGGAGUCCACGAGUUCCAUUCCUACGCUGGCGACGUAACCCGAAUUUACGCAAAAGUUAGAUUUCACCGUUAAAAGUAGGGAUGUCCCCGAUCUGAUCACGUGAUCGGAAAUCGAGCCGAUCGCGCCGUUUUUCAGAGGAUCCGAAUCGUGUGCAAAGUAUUGUUUUUAAUUUAAAAAUAUAUUUUUUAUCUAUUUUUUUAAAGGGCUAAAAACUAGCAAUCAAGAAAUACAAUGGCAUUGCCAAAAGAAACUAAAGUACGUUUUAUACUCCACAACACUCCUGGAAAAUGCAGAAGUACUGUAAACAUUACAGUAUUGUAACCUGUUUGAAAGUUUUGUUCAAGUUUAUUUAUUGAAAAAAAAAUAUAUUCUCCGGUAUUGGAUCGGGACUCUUUAUCGGCAGAUUUUCAAAAUCAGGUGACUGACUCGGGUGCAAAAAAAUGUGAUCGGGACAUCCGUAGUUAAAAGUCUAAAUUUACGUCAAAACACUUCGGGAAAAAAAGAAUAUUCAAAUGAAAAAAUUAGAUGCUGUACGUACCAUUAGUACUGAAAGGUGGAUCGAGAUUUUUUUUUUUUUUUUUUUUUAUGGUUUAUUUUCAACCAAAAGCACGGCACACGAUUGCUAAAACAAAACAGGCCGUGAGAGCUACGUACACCGCUGCUUUGGCGUAAUUUUAGGAGAUUGAAUAAUUUGAGAAAAAAAGUAUAAUUGCGAGAUUAAAGUCAUUAUAUUACUGUAGCGUCUCCAAGAACAAUUUGUUCAGGUUCAGGUCAGACUCCAUGUCGAGCUGUUUCUCCUCCGCGUAAAGAGGAGCCAGUUGAAGUGGCUCGGGCAUCUGGUUCGGUUGUCUCCUGGAGAGGUGUUCUGGGCAUGUCUCACCGGCAGGAGGUCACGUGGACGACUCAGGACACGCUGGAGUGACUAUGUCUCAUCUGGCCUAGGAACGCCUGGUAUCCCGCUGGUUGAAGUGGCUGGGGAGAUGGGAGUCUGGGAUUCCCUGCUAAAACUGCUACCCCCGCGACCAGAUCCCAGAUUAAGUGGUAGAUAAUGGGUGGAUGUAAAUAUACAAAAAAAUAAUAAAGUAAAUACCGUACUGGCCCGAAUAUAAGACAGCCCUGAGACGACCCCCUUUUUCAAGACUCAAGUUUGAAUAAAGACUUUUUGAACACCAAAUUAGUUUUUAUACAGAAAAUAAUUACAGUACAUCUGAAACAAAUGAUUAUAACAAUAUAUUUGAGAGAAAAAGCAUGUUAUUUUGCCUCAUUCAAAUCUUAAUAUCUGAACAUUUAAAUAUGUAUACUAAAGUGCGGUCACAUUCGUAAAUGCAUGGCUUCUGGUUUUUUAAAUGUAAAUAAACCAAUCUACUGUGACAAAACAAAAUUGCAAUAGCUGCAAUAGCCAUCAAAGUGAGGUCUAACUGUAACUAGUCUUGAAACAAAUCUGAAUAAGGAAAAACAUUGCAAUAAAAUAAUGCAAACUGGUUAAACUUGAGAGUAGCUGAGAUCUGUCAUAACAAAACAUUACUCCUCAAGUUUAGCAUUUGCUUCAAUGAUAUCUGGCGCCAUCUAGCGUCGUGAAUGGGUGUAAUGUCUAGACCCCGAAUAUAAGAUGACGCCCACUAUUUCAGUCUUAUUUCAAUGCAAAAAACACAGUCUUAUAUUCGGGCCAAUAUGGUAAAAACAAAGUUUUAUAUAAGUUUAGCAGUCAUUAAAGACACCAUAAUCAGUAUCUUCUUGAAUUUGCGCUGUGAGCCACUUGCAUUAGUGUUGUGGAAAUUGGGGUUCGUGCUUUUGCCAAUUUGCUGUCGUGCUUAGGCAAUUGGGUAUCGUGUUGUGGCAGUUUGCAUUUGUGCUUUUUUCUUUUUGCAAAGCGUUUGGACUUUCCAAUUUGCCUGACAUUUCUCAGCCACCGUACACAAAACAUAACACUUAGCAUUGAAGUCUAAAACAUACAUGCAACCCGAUUUGUUACAUUAUUAAACUUACUUCUAUGUUUCGGAACCGGAAGUUUAGUUUAGUAGAGGUGGAUGGUGGGUUGUGGUUUUUUGUGGUUAAAUUGCAGCUGAAUGCAUGGAACACGACUACUGUGACACCAACAAAACAAAACCAAUACAACCCCUGCGCCGCCUCCAACUCAUCCACCCUUCUCUCUCACUCCAGUCACACGUGGUGUGUUUAGGGACAGCGGAGAAAACACAUCAGUAUUGCCACCUGAAGCAUACAUGCAACCUGAUUCGUUAUAUUACCGUCCAUAUUUUUUACAAUAUUCUAAGGCUGCAGCUAUUGAUUAUUUAGGUAAUCGACUAAUCAGAUUACAAAUAUUUAUUGUGUUGCAGAAUAAAUUUUAUGAGGUGGAAAACAAGUGUUUACGGUUGCGAUAAUUUAUUUUGACUUAUAAAGAUUGCACUUUUUUUUUUUUUUUAAAGUGCAUUAAAUGCAAAUACAAAAUAAAAUACCUGAGUUUUUUCAAACUAUGCAGGAUUACAUUUUAUUUUCACAAGAGCAGUAAAGGCAUUUAAAACAAUUUUAAUAUCUGAGCUUAGCCUCAAACAGUAUUAGGAAAAAAAUAAAUGAUCUACGUAAAACUUCAGAACAAUGGGCUGACUUGCAUGGCAAAAGUCCGCUAGCUUAAUUAUUUUUUUAACAGUGCUCUCAAAUCAUUCAAAAACAUUUCCAAAACUAAUACCGAAUGCAUAAAUAAGCAUAUUAGCUCAAACAUACCUUAUGUUGGUCUUAACCGGGAGCAGCUGGACUCAUGGAGUCAUGUUAGACGAGUUAUAGCAUAUUACGUCCCAAGGACAGCUCGCGAAGGGCGUAACAAAACAAGCCACACAAGUGGACACAAAUUAAUUCACGAUAAUCAAACUUGCAAAAUGCAGAAGAAGCGCAGCUUCAGGGUAAGCCCAGGCCAAAACAACAUACGAAAGGAACUACACUUAAACCCCACCUGCUAGCUAAAACUUGAUCGUUAAAAGGAAAGAACUAAAAGACAGCCACUAUCCUAGCUUCCUACUCUAAACAAAACAAGAGAAAAUGGGUUGAACAGAAAUGGCAGCUUACCCUUACUGCUUCAGUGCUCUUAUUUAAAGUGGCGAACAAAAACGAUCCAAUAACGAAUAAACAAAAAACACCUCACCGAAAAAGCGGGAGUGUAUCAACUAGCGAUCAAACGCACGCGAGAGUGAAUGGUGAGCAAACAACUGGCGAGGAGGACCGCGGCACGAAUGCUGUCAAAUGCGACCUCCCAGUGCGUUGACAGCGGCAGGUUCAUGAAGCUUGGCGCCUUUUCGUCGUGGCCAUUCGGCGGCGGGAACGUCAUCUGUCCGUCUGGCGUCGAUCGGCUUACGUCACAGUGGGAGGGGAGGCAACCAGCUGGCGGAGGUGACAAUCAGCUGACUGAAGGCUUCUCAAAAUAAUACAACAGUUAAACGGCCAGGGUCGUCACAUGGCAUAUCUACUGUUGCCACCAGAGGGCAGAGUAUCCACCAAACGAAUCAUCGAAGCAACAAAACUUGAUUCAAAGCUUUUUUCCUAAUCGAGUUAAUUGAUUCAUCGUUGCAACACUAGUUUCUUUUGACUUUGAGUGUUGGCGACGUAAGGUCUCAGUCAACACAAAACUGCUUUUGGCGACAAGCAAACAAAUUUUUGAGCGAAUGUUUAACUCUGGUCUGAAUGCAUAUUAUCUUUACUGAUGUUCGUUGGCAUUUCUCUGAUCCUUUUCCGAUGUUAAGCUUCGUUCCCUUAGUAAUUACUUUUAUUUUGGCUGGACCGAGAAGACUCAACUUUCUUCUUUGGGGCCAUAAUGUGGAAAAAAGGUUGCAAAAAAGGCAUAGAUACUGCCAGUGCGCAAACACAGAUGAGCACUAUGCACUAGCUAAGCAGAAACUAUAGCGCUGGUGAUUAAAUAAAUGACAGACAAGGCACGGGUGUCGUAAAGUCGAAAGGUAGGUCGAGGACAUCGUAACCCGAGGACUCCCUGUAUUUGUUUCAAAGAUGAAUGUUUCUUAUUAAAAGAGAAUUUUAAAAAUCCUGAAUGUGUGAUACACACAAAGUUCGCUUUUAGAGCUACUAUGAGACGCUUUAAAACAUUUUUCUAUUUGACCGAAGUGUUGUUUUCAUUCUAAAUGUUUUUUUGUUUUUUUUUCUGUGUGUAUGUUACAUUUGUUCGUCAUGUUUGGUUUAUAACAUUUUAUCUGGUCUGGUAACCCUCAUGAAGAGGUCCAUACAUUAGUUUUUAGUUCACAAGUUGCCUUAGAAGUUGCCUGCAUUUUAAGUGCUUCACUUGUUUUAUGUGACAGGGAGAUUAAAAAAAAAAGGCAUUCAUGUCAUGGACAUUGGAAAAAAACGUGUUAAUUUUGUGUUGCAAGUAAGAGUGAUGUAUGCAUUCCUCUUGCUGUGCACCUGAAAAUGAUGAAAUUGUACGCUGUAGGAGUAUCGCUGGUUGUGUUUUGUUCUAAAUCUUAAAUUCAUAUUGCUGAAAUGUUUUUGCACAAUCGCUGUUUUAUCUGUCAAGUAGAAGUCAAACUAAACUUUUCAAAAUUAAAGGGACACUCCAGUGGACCUCGACAUCAAUAACUUAUUUGUGUCAAAGAAAAAAAUUGUUAGCAUUAGGGCGCUGGAAGUCACAGCAGGGGAUACUUGAGGAUCUUUUUUUUUAGUUUUUCCACAUCCAAAAACUACAACGGAGGAUUAGGGCCAAAAAAGGAGAAUAAAGGCUUCAUCAAGUCGUGACCUCCAACUCUCACUGGGGUGGUUCGCAGCGGAGUGUGAAGCGGUUGGGAUGAAGAUCAGCACCUCCAAAUCCGAGACCAUGGUCCUCAGCCGGAAAAGGGUGGCAUGCCCUCUCCGGGUCGGGGAUGAGAUCCUGCCCGGAGUGGAGGAGUUCAAGUAUUUUGGGGUCUUGUUCACGAGUGAGGGUAGGAGGGAGCGGGAGAUUGACAGGCGGAUCGGUGCAGCGUCUGCAGUGAUGCGAACUCUGCACCGGUCCGUUGUGGUGAAGAAGGAGCUGAGCUAAAAGGCGAAGUUCUCGAUUUACCGGUCGAUCUACAUUCCUACCCUCACCUAUGGUUACGAGCUGUGGAUCGUGACCGAAAGAACAAGAUCCCAGAUACAAGCAACCGAAAUGAGUUUCCUCCGCAGGGUGUGCGGGCUCUCCCUUCGAGAUACGUAGGGUGAGAAGCUCGGUCAUCCUGGAGGGGCUUGGUGUCGAACCGCUACUCCUCCGCGUGAAGAGGCGCCAGUUGAGGUGGCUCGGGCAUCUUGUUCGGAUGCCUCCUGGACGCCUCCCUGGAGAGGUGUUCCAGGCAUGUCCCACCAGCAGGAGGCCCCGGGGACAACCCAGGACACACUGGAGAGACUGUCGCUCGGCUGGCCUGGGAAGGCCUUGGAAACCCGCCGGAGGAGCUGGCUGAAGUGGCUGGGGAAAGGGAAGUCUGGGCUUCCCUGCUAAAGCUGCUGCCCCUGCGACCCGACCUCAGACUAAGCAGAAGACUUGGAUGGAUGGAUAAAGGAGAAUAAAAAAGGGCUAUGAGAUUAAAGUCGCACUGGUACUACGCAGGGGCGAAAGUGGGCCGGAGUUUUAGGACCGGAAGACCGUUCCGGCAUACGGUGCUUUGAUCCCUAGAAGAUGAGGGCAAUUGUCAAAACUCCAUAUUAAAAAAAAAAAAAAAACUGCUUCACACGCAUCUCCAAAAAGAACAAUCUACUAACGUCAGAUUUACAUACACAAGUGUUAACAACAAGCCUAAUAAAGUGCUUGUGUAGCGUAAUGCGUUUCCACCGAUAUUUAUUAUUCAUUUAUUUAUUCUACGUUGUUCUUUCCAGCGUCUCUAUCAUGCGCGGAUCAGUUUAAGAGGGGGGCUGUGGUGGCCGAAAAGUGUCAUUGCAUGUAUUUGACUUUCCUAUAUAUGAUUUUAAAAUGAGAGUUUUCUGGUAAAAUAUUGUCUACAAAGGUUGUAAAGCAA